UGCAUGCGCAGUAGUCCUGGAUGGUGCACUGACCGAUGAUCUGGUUCCAAAGCUAGGAUCAGGGAGAGCUGCUGACUCUUCUGGAAGGACUGGCGGACCGAGUGAUCCAGCCCGGACGGGAGGCACAGUGCGGUACUGCGGGCCGCGCGGGACCGGACGGGACCGGACGGGCUCCCAAGGGCGACCCGAGGGCGGUGUCUGAGUUCUGGGCUCGGAGCCUGAGUUUCAAGGCCCCAUGGGGAUGGAACCUGUCACCUGUAGGACCAUGGCUUGCCUACGAGAUCCGCACUCAGAGCCCUCGUCUUCCAGCUUGGUGACAAUGCCGGCCUGAACCUGGGUCUCAGACAUGGAGUUCCUGCCAGGAUCCCAGCAUCCCCCAGGGCCCUCAACCAUGGACUUGGAGGAGCCCAAAGACCCCGAGGUGCCCUCUGAGGACCACCCCUCUAACACCCAGUGGGCCUUAAGGCCUGGAGGCCCAGUCACCCUGAGCAAGAUGGAGCUGGACACAUCCAGUGUGCGGGAGCUGGCUCAGCAGCUGGAAGCUCUACCCAGCGACCUGGGUGGCCCUUUCACAGACGGAGCCCCCUGUCUUCUGCACAUUGCCACCGGGCAAGGCCUAGCCACCCAGGAGAACCCGGACGCUGGUGGGCUUCUGUCAGCGGAGGCAGGCGGGGACGACCUUCUGGGUCUGCUGAGGUGUGAGGCCUCUUCGCCUGCCCAAUCUGUACCCCCAGAUCCUGCACAGACUGCACCCCGCCUUCUGCAGCCGCCAGAGGACCCCGAUGGGGACUCGGGGUGGAUGGAAGGGGCAUCAGCAGAGCCAGCAGACAGCAGGAGUUCCAGCAGCUCCCCGGAGCCCUGGCUGGAGACAUCACCCCUGGUGACACAACCGGAACUACCUGUGGGUACCCAGAGCCGUGAGACCCUAGCCUUGUGCCCUGCCGUCUCUGAAGUUCCAGGUCCCUGUGGACAGGAGGAGCUCAUGGACGGUGUCAUCUUCGGGGCGAAAUAUCUGGGCUCCACCCAGCUGCUAUCAGAGCGCAACCCACCACCCAGCACACGCAUGGGGCAGGCGCAGGAGGCCAUGGACCGUGUCAAGGCCCCUGAAGGUGAGACCCAGCCCAUGGUGGAGGUGGACAUCUUUAUUUCCACCAAGCGUGUCAAAGUGCUAGCUGCUGACUCCCAGGACGCCCUGAUGGACCAUGCCCUGCAGACCAUCUCCUACAUCGCAGACAUUGGGCCUGUGCUGGUCUUGAUGGCCCGGAGGCGGCUGGCCAGGAGGACAACUCCCCAAGACCGCCAGCGGCGACUCUACAAGAUGCUGUGCCACGUCUUCCAUUCAGAGGAUGCCCAGCUCAUUGCGCAAGCCAUCGGCCAGGCCUUCAGCAUCGCAUACAGCCUGUUCCUACAGGAAAACAGGAUCGACCCCAGCCAGGUGGGCACGCAGUCCUCAGCCGCUGCCAACCACCCGCACAAUGGAGACCUGGACCACUUCUGCAACAGCCAGAACUGCAGGGAGGUUUGCAUCCAGAAGCGGCCAGGUGAAGGCUUGGGUGUCGCGCUGGUUGAGUCAGGCUGGGGCUCGCUGCUGCCCACCGCGGUCAUUGCCAACCUGCUCCAUGGGGGCCCUGCCGAGCGCUGCGGGGCCCUGAGCAUUGGGGACCGCGUCACUGCCAUCAACGGAACCAGCCUGGUGGGGCUGUCGCUGGACGCCUGCCAGGCCGCUGUGCGCGAGGUGCGGCGACACUCAUCCGUGACUCUGAGUAUCAUCCACUGCCCACCGGUCACCACGGCCGUCAUCCGCCGGCCCCACGUGCGCGAGCAGCUGGGCUUCUGUGUGGAGGAUGGCAUCAUUUGCAGCCUGCUGCGCGGGGGCCCAGCUGAGCGUGGUGGAGUCCGCGUUGGACACCGCAUCAUUGAGGUCAACGGGCAGAGCGUGGUGGCCAUGCCCCACGCACGCAUCAUCCAGCUGCUCACAGAGACAAGAGAAACCCACAUCAAGACCAUGCCGGCUGCCACCUACCGACUGCUCACGGGACAGGAACAGCCAGUAUACCUGUGACUACCCCGCCCACGUGUGCCUUCGUCCCUGCCACUGUCACCUCUCGGCUGGCGGGGACCAAAGAGUCCUCAGUCUUGUAUUAUUUUCUAAUGUAAGUUUCUUUUUUUAAAGAUUUAUUAAAUGAUCAGAAGCUUGA